AACGCCGAGGGGCGGGGCCACACGGGGAAAUUUGAGAUUUCCUGGUUACGGUAAAGUCGUGUUAGAUGACAACAUUCUUUACUCUUUCAGGAUGAAUGUGGGCGUAGCUCACAGCGAAGUGAAUCCCAACACUCGGGUGAUGAACAGCCGAGGGAUCUGGCUGACAUACCUGUUGAUGACCAUCGUGUUGCACGUCGUCUUGCUUAGCAUCCCUUUCUUCAGUGUGUCACUAGUAUGGACCCUAACAAACGUGAUUCACAAUCUGGCAAUGUAUGUGUUCCUUCACACAGUGAAGGGUACUCCAUUUGAGACGCCUGACCAGGGUAAAGCCCGUUUGCUUACUCACUGGGAACAAAUGGACUAUGGCAUCCAGUUCACAUCAUCAAGAAAAUUCCUCACCAUUUCACCCAUAGUGCUGUACAUUCUGGCCAGCUUUUACACCAAAUAUGAUGCCACCCACUUUCUAAUCAACACUGGCUCCCUACUCAGUGUCCUCCUUCCAAAGCUGCCUCAGUUCCAUGGAGUACGUCUGUUUGGGAUCAAUAAAUACUGAGGCGACUCUCAAAAAAGGCUUGAGGAGAUAAAGGAAGCAGUAGAGGAGAAUGUAGUUCAUUGGUUUGUCCUCUAACUUAAUACCUUUUCUUGUACCAAGCUGGAUCUCAACCUAGUUCACCCUAGAACUGAGAUUGUACACUGUUUCAAAAAGGAUUUGUGGUAGUGUUUUUUCUUUUUCUUUUCAUUCCAUACUAUGAAUUCAUUCCAAAUGCAGGUUAAAUGAAUGAGUUUUAACAGAUCUCACUGCAGGCAGUGCGCCCUUUUAUAAUAUCAAGCAAUACAUUAUAUAUUCCUGAUUCCAGCACUUCAGAGUUCCCAAAAGAUGCCUGGAUCUGGUGUAGUGCUGAAUUGCUUGACCUUCAGUAGAAGAAGAAAGCUAGCUUGAUUUUGAUAAAUAUUCUCUCCCAAUCAAAAGACCUGCUCACACCUAAUCAAAUGAUCAACAAUUAAAUGAUCACAAAAUGUUAAUCAAUGACACCAAAUUUUUAUUCAUUGUUUCCACUGUAUCCGUUUAAACUGUCACUCCUGGGAACCUUUAGACUCAUGCUGAUAUUUCAGUCUAAAGUGUCUUGGACCCUGUGCUAUAUGCAGCUUUUAAAAUAUUAUUUAUAAAUUAUUGCAAUGUUCAGCCUUUGAAAAACAUGGAUUUGUGGUGCGUACGUGUUACUGGAACAGUUUGUGGAUUACUUUUUACAUUCAAAUCAUGGUAGAACUAAGAAGGUUAGAGUUAAGUGUUCAAAGCAUAAGACUGUUUUGUAAGACUGUUUUGUGGAUAUUGGUCAUUUCCAUGUUUUUUUCAGCUGUAUUACUGCCACAUGUGACUCCUUUGUUAUAGGAAUGAACAAAAUAUGAUCUGAUGUCAGCUUUUCUCUAAACCAUGUAAUAUUCAGCUUUAUUUCUUUUUACAAAACGUGCUGUCUUGCAUGUAUUCCAGUUUUUGGAUAUAAUAAAACGUGCCGUUUUGAAUUUGGUGCCAUACAUGCUAGGUUAUGUAUUUUCACACACAAAAAUGUACUUCAGAAUAUUGAUAGGUUAAACCCCACAUCAGUUUAGGGAUAUUAUUGGUUUUUGGGUGGGGAUUUAUAUACUGUACAUAUUGUCCAUUAUAGGUCCUUUUAAAUGUUGUCAUUACUUAUGUUAGUACUUGUGUAUCUACUGUAAAGAAAGUUAAGAAUGAGACUUCCUUUGGAAAAACCAGGGCCAUUUAAUAUCCAAUAAAAACUUGAACUUCUGAC